GCUGCAGUGACGAACAGCAGUGUACUGCCCGUCAUUUCACCCACACCAUCCCCUGGCAAGGACAACGGCAGCAACAGCAACAACGGUGGCGACGCAACUGGUGGCGACGGUGGCAGCCCGUCGAGCUUCCUCUCCGCACUGGCUGAGCUCACCACCAUGAUCAUUCCCUUCGCUCCUCCUCCAUCCUCUCCCUCCACCCCUCCCUCGCCUUCCUCUCCGUCCUCCCCUCCCUCGCCCUCCUCCCCCUCCUCCCCUUCCUCCCCCUCCUCCCCCUCACCAUCAAGCCAGGAAAUAAACCCUUCUGCCACCUCCGUUGCUGCUCCCUCUGACUCCUCCUCCUGGCCCGCCUUUCCCCCCUCUCUUCCAUCGCUUCCCCCCUUGCCCACGCUUCCAUCUCUCCCCGCGCUGCCCGCUCUCCCCACAAUGCCCGUAAUGCCCACGAUUCCCGCGAUGCCCCCGCUGCCCGCGCUGCCCGAUGCCAUUGUGCCGGCGAUUUCCUGGCAGAGCAUAGUGGCAGCGAUGACCACGCUGGUGCACGGGUCCACCACGGACAUAGGCUGGCUGGGCAACGACCCUAAGCUGCCUGCUGUCAGGGACCGCACGGACCAGUACGCACGCACGCUGCGCCAAGUCAUGCAGGGCCAUCACUCUCUCCCUGACGAUCUCAUCUACCUCCUCAUCCCAGGGCUGUUCAGCAAUCUGAGUCCGCUGUAUCUGCUGGACACCAGGGAGCACUUCUCCUCCCUGGGCCUCACAUGUGAAAUCGCCAAGAUCGACAGCCAGGCGGGUGUGGAGGCAAACGCGCGUGUGCUGCGGGACACAGUGACAGCGCUGCUGGCAGGGAAGGCGGAUGAGGGUGAGGAGAUUUACGCCCAUGGCUUCCCUUCCCAAGACAGUGGUAGCAGCGGCAGUGACAGCAAAGGGAGCAGCGGUGCUGCUGCCGGGGACGAGAAGAGUGCCAAACGACAGAGAGUGGGGGAGGGGGCAAUGCGCAGCAAGAGUGGGACGGGCAACGCCAGCGGCAACGGGAGUGCUGACAGCGACAGCAACAGCAACAGGAAGCGGCGGGUGCUGCUGAUAGGGCACAGCAAGGGCGGGCUGGACGCAGCAGCAGCACUGGCGCUGUUCCCGGCACAGCUGAACAGCAGCACGGUGGCGGGGCUGGUGUGCAUGCAGAGCCCGUACGGUGGCACGCCCAUGGCCUCCGACAUUCUCCGAGAGGGCUCCCUGGGGAACGGCACUCUGCGGUCCGUGCUGGAGCUGCUGCUGGAUAAGCUGUUCAAGGGUGACAUUCGCUGUCUGGAGGACCUAACCUACACCCGCCGCCGCGCCUUCCUCUCGCACCACCCGCUCCCUUCCUCCAUCCCGUGCCUCUCCUUCCACACCAACGCGUCCCGCGCCCCAGCAGUCAUCGCGUCCCUCUCCACCAUCACGCACACCGAGAUCCCCUGGCUCGCCCGCACCUCUCAAAAGCUCGCACUCGCCUUCCCCCUCUCCGCAGCCCUAGCUGCACUCUCCCUGUACCUGGAGAAUCGGUACGGUGCGGAGAGUGAUGGGCUGGUGACCAGGGCUGAUGCGGAGGUGCCGGGGUCGAUUGUGGUGCGCGCUAAGAGGCAGAUGGACCAUGGGUUCAUGGUGUUCCCGUCCAUGGGACAGAGCCGCAGAGCGAAUGGUGUGGGGGAGGAAGGAGAGGUGGAGAGUGGUGGUGAUGUGGAGGGUGGUGGUGGUAAUGGUGGGGAUGGGAGUAACAGUGGUGCGAGCAUGAGUGGGGGUAGCAACGGCAGUGGUGGUAGAGUGCCGGAUGGUAGCAACAACAGCGGCAGCACCAUCAGCAACAGCAGUGAUCUGCCAAGGGGAGCUACGGUUGCUGCUGCUGCUGUGGGCGGUGCGGUUGCAGCAGCGGCGACAGGGGUCGCAGAGGGCACCAAGGACAUGAUGGGAGGAGACGGUGAGGGCGAGGAUGAGGUGGAUGUCACUCCUGCUGAGAUCUGUGAAGCCCUGGCAACGUUGCUGCUGGCUGAAACAAAGUGA